AUGGCGGGAGCGCCCCCGGCGCACUCCCGGGCCUGCGGGCGGCUGGCUCUCUCCUCCUCCUCCUCCUCCUGCAGCGGCGGGCCCGGGCUGGGAAGGCAGGAUGCGCGCCUGGCAGCAGCUGCGGGGCUUGCGCGCCGCGGUCACGUUGGGCGCUACGUGCUCCGAGGCGCCAGCCGACAAGGCAGCCCCGAGCCGGCCGCGUCAACCGCGCGCCGCCGCCGCCGCUACCGCCGCCACAGCCGCUGGGACCGCUCGUGCCGCCGCCUCUCGCUUCUCCUCCUCGCGAGCGCCGCGGAAUGGGAGGCGCCGCGCCUGCCUGCCUCCUGCUUGCCCAGCCUCCGCGCACCUCCUCCUUCCUUCCCUCCUCCUGGCCUGUGGGAAGCUCGCCGGCUUGCGGGCAGCACCGCACGCUUCGUCGGCAAGCGGUUGGGUGCAGGGAUCUAG